AUGGAUUUUCCCAGAGAAGGUUUAUCGGAUAGCAGACCCCCAGCUCUGGAUAGUGCAAACUAUUCCUAUUGGAAGACUAGAAUGAGAGUUUACAUCAUGUCCCAAGGUGAGAGAGUGUGGAGAGCAGUAGAAGAAGGCUGGGAACCACCUACUAAUGAAAAAGGAGAAAAGAAACUAAAAAGGAAAUGGUCUGAGGAUGAAAUCAGAGAAGCUAACUACAAUUCAAAAGCCAUGAACUCUAUAUAUGGGGCAGUGAGUGAAGAAACUUUUAAAUUGAUUUCUAACACUGAAAUUGCCAAAACAGCCUGGGAAAUCUUAUGCAAUCAUCACGAAGGCAACACCAUUGUCAAACAAUCAAAACUACAGAUGAUUCAAACACAAUUCGAAACUCUAAAGAUGGAAGAAGACGAAAACAUCACACAAUUCAAUGCAAAAAUCCUAGAUAUAGCUGGAGCUGCAUACAAUUUAGGAGAACCUUUUCCCGAACCAAAAUUGGUUAAAAAGGUACUCAGAUCACUACCUGAAAGAUUUCUCAUGAAAGUCACAGCCAUUCAGGAAAACACAAAUCUGGACACAUACAAACUAAGUGACCUAAUAGGAAAUCUCCAGACGUACGAACUGGAGAUGCUACAAAGAAAACCAAAUGAUUCAAACAAAAGUUUGGCAUUUCAAUCCAAGCAACGUGCAGAUUCAGAUGAGGACACACAAAGCAUGGAAGAGUCUAUUGUCUUGCUCACCAAGAAUUUAAAUAAAGUGGUCAAGAAGUUCAACAAAUUCAGAAAUAAAAACAAGAACUUCUCAAAUAACAAUAGAAACAACACAAAAAAAAAAAAAAAGAAGGAAAAGCCUAAAAAUACCGAGGGGAUACAGUGCUUCAAAUGCAAAGGGUACGGACAUAUCCAAUUAGAAUGUCCAACGUACUUGAAAAAGAAGAAUAAAACCUAUGUCACAACACUUAGUGACGAUUCCGAUAGUGAAGAUGAAAAUUCCAACUUUGUUGCUUUCACUACCAGGCACGAAGAAGAAAAUACCUCUCAAGAGGACACACAAGAGCUAUUCGAAGCAUACACACUGCUGCAAUCAAAAUGGCACGAACUCAUUAGAGUUAAUACAGAACUCAUGCAAAAGAAUCAUGACUUACAAAUUGAAAAAGAGAGAGAAUUUCGGGAACAUCUAGAAACAAAGGAAGAACUAAAGAAAUUCCAGAAAAAGGAAGAGGAAUUAACAUGGAAAAUACAGUCCCUUGAAGAAAAUUUGCAGAAAACAGAAAACACUGACAACAAACAUACAGAAAACCCAGAGUUGUUACAACAUCACUUUCAACACCGAAGGAGAAUCAGAUGUUACUACUGCCACAGAUUGGGACACAUAAAGGCGUACUGCUUCAAAAGGCAAAAUGAUCUCUAUCACAGGCAAAACAACAGAGAUUGGGCAGUACAAAGCAAAAAUAAUAGCAAGAAAAUCUGGGUAAGAAAAGAUCAGAAUGUUGCCUACACCUCAAAAACUAGCAAAGAACAAAACGUAUGGUAUUUUGACAGCGGGUGUUCAAGGCAUAUGACUGGAAAUCCAGAAAACCUAGAAAACAUUCAGUAUAAGAAUGAAGGACAUGUUACCUUUGGAGAUGGAGGAAAAGGCCAGAUCAUUGCAAGCGGCAUCUUGAAUGUCCAUGGGCUACCUAGGUUGCCAAAAGUCCUCCUAGUACAAAGUCUAAAAACAAAUCUAAUCAGCAUAAGUCAGCUUUGUGAAGAUGAACUCAAAGUAGAAUUCUCUAAAGACAAUUGCAUUGUGUUUAAUCAGAAUCACAAGUGUGUCAUGAUGGGAAAAAGGUUCGCAAACAAAUGCUAUACAUGGGAUGGUCACCUAUCUGGUUUACAGACAACCAUCAAGCUAAAACAAUCACUACACCAAGACACAUAA